AUGACUUCUGGACCGCCUGCGGGCAUGGAUCUCUCUGAGAGCCUCGGUCCUCAAGUCAUAGGCGCUGAUAUGGCGCUGCUCGCCCUAGCGACGAUUGCCGUGAUCUUGCGUUUUAUCUCCAGACACAUAUCUAAAGCGAACUUUUGGUGGGAUGACUGGGUCCUGGCAGUGGCACUGAUUUUUGCAUACAGCAAUGGAAUCAUGAGUGUAAUUGCUGUCAAAAACGGUAUCGGCAAACAUAUCUGGGCGCCCGGUGUGAGCAUUGCCACUAUCACUAAGCUCCUCUGGCUCUAUGAGUUUUUCUAUGGCAGCGUUAUCCCAGCCGUCAAGAUGUCUAUUAUCCUUCUCUACUAUCGUAUCUUCCCAACCACCAGGUUCCGGCGAGUGCUCUAUGGGCUAUCAUUCCUAGUGCUUGGCUGGUGGAUCGGUAUUGUCAUCACUGCGGGGCUUCAGUGCCACCCUUACGACUAUUUCUGGAAGCAAUAUAUAGACCCCACUGCGGAGGGGAGUUGUAUCAACACCUACGCCUUCUUCAUAUCUAAUGCGGUGCUGAGUGUUUUCACGGACCUCCUUAUCCUGCUCUGUCCUAUAUCAAUGGUUCUGCGGCUUCAAAUGCCUAGGAACCGAAAGCUGACUGUGCUUGGAAUCUUCCUUUUGGCUGGCUUGUAA